AGCCAUUUUGUCAGUCGCCAGUGGAUCCCGCGCGCUGGAGAAGUGCAGUUCCCCCUGGUUACCAAUUCGUCCGUUCUCCCUUCGCGCUGCGGGCGCCGUCGAAGAGCACUCACCUCUGAUACACCGGUUCCUCCCUACAGUCCCGCCGCCGUUGUUGCAUCCGCCCGGAGCCAGUGCGUUGUCUUCCUCCCCCACCACUGACAGGCGCCCUCAGGGAGCCGCCGUCAGCGAUGUCAAGCGAGGAAAGCUACCGGGCCAUUCUUCGAUACCUGACAAACGAGCGUGAGCCGUAUGCGCCGGGCACCGAGGGCAAUGUCAAGCGUAAAAUCCGCAAGGCGGCCGCCUGCUAUGUGGUGCGCGGUGGGACUUUGUACUACCAGCGGCGGCAGCGGCACCGCAAGACCUUCGCGGAGCUGGAGGUGGUGCUGCAGCCGGAACGGCGCCGGGGGCUCAUCGAGGCGGCGCACCUGGGCCCGGGUGGCACUCACCACACCCGGCAUCAGACCUGGCACGACUUGUCCAAGACUUACUGGUGGCGAGGUAUAUUAAAGCAAGUGAAAGAUUACAUUAAACAGUGUAGCAAAUGCCAGGAGAAACUAGAUCGCUCCCGUCCAAUAUCAGAUACUUCAGAAAUGCUGGAAGAAUUGGGAUUAGACCUUGAAUCUGGAGAAGAAAGUAAUGAAUCAGAAGAUGAUCUGAGCAAUUUUACUUCACCUCCAACUACAGCCUCCAAGCCUGCAAAAAAGAAGCCAGUAUCCAAACAUGAACUUGUAUUCGUUGACACCAAAGGAGUGGUGAAACGUUCUUCUCCAAAACAUUGUCAGGCUGUCUUAAAACAGCUCAACGAACAGAGACUCUCCAACCAGUUCUGUGAUGUUACUUUGUUAAUUGAGGGAGAAGAGUACAAAGCUCAUAAAUCUGUUUUGUCAGCUAAUAGUGAAUAUUUUCGAGAUCUUUUUAUUGAGAAAGGAGCUGUUUCCAGUCAUGAGGCAGUGGUGGAUCUUUCUGGUUUUUGUAAGGCAAGCUUCCUUCCUUUAUUGGAAUUUGCCUAUACUUCUGUGCUAAGUUUUGACUUCUGCAGCAUGGCUGAUGUAGCCAUCUUGGCUCGCCAUCUUUUCAUGUCGGAAGUUUUAGAAAUCUGUGAAAGUGUACAUAAACUAAUGGAAGAAAAGCAGCUAACAGUGUAUAAGAAGGGUGAGGUCCAAACAGUUGCAUCUACCCAGGACUUACCAGAACAGAAUGGAGGUACCGCACCUCCUGUGGCUAGCAGCGAGGGAACCACAACAACAUUAUCUACUGAACUUGGGGAUUGUGAAAUUGUACUGUUGGUGAAUGGAGAAUUGCCCGAAGCUGAGCAGAAUGGAGAGCAAGGACAACACCCUGAACCCCAGGUUUCUUCAGAGGCUCAAGCCACUCUGUCACCUGCGGGCUGUGUAACUGGUUCCCAUCCUGAAAUGGAGUCUGUGGACUUAGUAACAAAAAACGAUGAGACAGAAUUAGAAACUUUAAACAGCAGAGACAAUAGCACAGUUUCUAAUAUUCAUCCCAAACUUUCAAAAGAGAAUGUAAUCAGUAGCUCUCCAGAAAACAGUGGUAUGGGAAAUGACACGUCAACUAAAGAUAUCUGUGCUGAAGACGUUCCAGAACAAAUGCAGAACCUUGGCCAGUCUUUAAAAGAUCAGGAAAAUCUAGUUGCACUGACAACAAAGACAGACCUUGGUCCUGAUGAUGAAACUUACAGAAGCAGGCUUCGGCAGCGUUCUGUUAAUGAAGGGGGUUAUAUCCGACUGCACAAAGGAAUGGAGAAAAAGCUGCAAAAACGGAAAGCCAUUCCCAAGUCAGCAGUUCAGCAGGUAGCCCAGAAAUUAGUUCAAAGAGGGAAAAAGAUGAAACAGCCAAAAAGGGAUACUAAAGAGAAUACUGAAGAAGCAGCAUCCCAUAAAUGUGGGGAAUGUGGAAUGGUUUUUCAGAGACGAUAUGCCCUUAUAAUGCACACACUGAAACAUGAAAGAGCUAGAGAUUACAAAUGUCCGUUGUGUAAAAAACAGUUUCAGUACAGUGCCUCCUUGCGAGCACAUCUUAUUCGACAUACCAGAAAAGAUGCACCCACUUCAUCCUCUUCCAAUUCUACAUCUAAUGAGACAUCGGGAACAUCAUCUGAGAAGGGGAGAACCAAACGAGAAUUUAUAUGUUCCAUAUGUGGAAGGACAUUACCUAAAUUAUAUUCUCUCCGAAUACACAUGUUAAAGCAUACAGGUGUAAAGCCACAUGCGUGCCAGGUCUGUGGAAAGACUUUCAUCUAUAAGCAUGGCCUAAAAUUACACCAGAGUCUCCAUCAAUCUCAAAAGCAGUUCCAGUGUGAACUAUGUGUUAAGUCAUUUGUUACCAAACGGAGUCUUCAAGAACAUAUGAGUAUUCACACAGGUGAGUCCAAGUACCUUUGCUCAGUUUGUGGAAAGUCUUUUCACAGGGGCUCUGGACUCAGCAAACAUCUAAAGAAACACCAGCCAAAGCCUGAAGUUCGGGGCUAUCACUGUACUCAAUGUGAAAAAAGUUUCUUUGAAGCUAGAGAUCUUCGUCAGCACAUGAACAAACAUCUUGGUGUGAAGCCAUUCCAGUGCCAAUUUUGUGAUAAGUGCUAUAGUUGGAAGAAAGAUUGGUAUUCCCAUGUGAAGUCUCAUUCUGUCACUGAGCCUUACAGGUGUAAUAUAUGUGGCAAAGAAUUUUAUGAGAAAGCAUUGUUCAGAAGGCAUGUAAAGAAAGCUACCCAUGGAAAAAAAGGAAGAGCAAAGCAGAACUUAGAACGGGUGUGUGAACAAUGUGGAAGAAAAUUCACUCAGCUAAGAGAGUAUAGGAGACACAUGAACAACCAUGAAGGAGUUAAGCCAUUUGAAUGCUUAACCUGUGGAGUAGCUUGGGCUGAUGCCCGAUCUCUAAAACGCCAUGUCAGAACACAUACUGGCGAGCGGCCCUAUGUCUGCCCCGUAUGUAGCGAAGCCUACAUAGAUGCUAGAACACUGCGUAAACAUAUGACUAAAUUCCACAGAGAUUAUGUGCCUUGCAAAAUUAUGCUGGAAAAAGAUACCCUUCAGUUUCAUAACCAAGGAACUCAAGUGGAGCAUGCUGUUAGUAUCUUAACAGCAGACAUGCAGGAACAAGAAAGCAGUGGUCCUCAGGAACUGGAGACGGUGGUGGUGACGGGAGAGACCAUGGAAGCGCUUGAAGCUGUUGCGGCUACGGAAGAGUGUCCAUCGGUCUCUACGCUCUCUGACCAGAGCAUUAUGCAAGUGGUUAAUUAUGUGUUGGCACAACAGCAAGGACAAAAACUCUCGGAAGUGGCAGAAGCUAUUCAGACUGUAGAGGUAGAGGUGGCACACAUUUCAGAAGCAGAGUGACGGUAGCAGUGGGGGUCAAAGAAGUGACAUCCCAUGUACACUGAACUCAGAACAUCUGUUUACAGGACGACGUCACUAUCUGCCUGGUGUUCGCAGGUCAAGGCUCUGGGCUGUUCGGUGAUGUUUGAACAUUUCUGAAUGGUUUUCUGGCUAAUGGGUUCUGUGGAAAAGUCCAUAUACGGCAAAGAAAUUGAAAACAAAUUCACUUGAUGGCAUUGGUUUAUCAUGGUGUACUUUUUAUGAAUUAAUGUUUAUAAAGAACUGGACUAAAUUAAAAACUGUAUAGUUUCACUUGCAUUUUGACAUUAUUAUAUACUUUGAGUUUAAAAGGCUGCGCUAGUCAGAUCUUCUCUUUUAUUCUAAAAAUAGGUUCUGUGAUUUCAUUUGCCCUGUUUAUAGGUUUAAAAAAAUUCUAAUAUAAAGCAUUUUAGUAGGAUGUAUACGUGUAUUACAUUUUUAAAAUGCUUCAAAUCUGUGAUUGACUUACUAUUUAUUUUAACCCCUUAUAAGUCAGGGAUUUAUUCUAUUUUAAAGCACUUAAUGAGUUACAUGUUGUAAUCAAGUUUGCACAGUAUACUUAUCUAUAUGGGGAACCCUUAAAUAAAUAGCUGAUUUUUUAAAUGCCAUUAAAAUGCAUGAAAUGCCUAUUAAAGCCUUACUAUAUACUAUCUCUUCAAGGCAAGUAAAUUGACCAUGAGCAAAGAACACUGUUGUUAAACACUGUUGAUGGGAAAUUUCUCCUUGAUAACAUGAGACAAUGAAUGAAAAAAAAUCUCAUUCUUUUGCUGAAGAAUGAACAAAUUAAAACUAGAUUUGGUAUGUUUGCAGCUUUUGUAUCAUGUUUAAUUGUUCAAUUUUGUUGAAAAACUGCAAUUUAGAAAUAGGAUAGCAAUAUAGACCUCUACAGCGGUCCUGUGGAUACCAUAUAAUUGUCAAGUAACUUCAGAAUAUUGAAAAGUCUUCAGUUCAGCCCUCAGUAUACUAUUUAAAGAAGUUAAUUGAUUAUGGUCCACCAAAUUGUUGAAAGUAAAUUAUUUUUAAAAGUUACCUAAGAAUUAUAUUAAUUUAUGUGUUUGAUUUUUAAAUUCCCACUUCUAGAAGCUAUCCAGUUUUCUGAUUUUCAAAAUAACUGUGGGGAGAUGCCACAUUUCUCUCCUGUGGGGAAACUACCACUCAAACUAUAAUUGUUAAAAUUAAACUUUUUAAGUAUUGGAAGCUAAUAUAAGGUAUAAAAUGAAGAUAUAAGCAAAUCAUAUGUAAAUCAUUCCUAAAGCACAAGAAAAGAAUGUGCCUUGAUGUACAUAUAUUAUUAAGAUACUUAUUCCAGUUUACUUUAAAAAAUGGCUUAAAAGAUAAAGAUUAAAUGUGAUGCCAUGCAUGCAUUGUCUGCAUAUGUAAUGUUUGCAUUUGCAAAUUUCCCAUUGUUCCUAUAGCUGUGUGGCUGACUUUCAAUUUUAAGUGAAUUGACAUACAGUCUGUAACUUUAUAAUGGCUGCUUGUUUAUCAUACUUUUCAGUUAGUGAAAAUGUAUUUCAACCUGACUAAAAUCUGGAAUUGUGUCUUUUAUGUUCCAUCUUCACCAUUGUUAUUAGAUUUAGUUAAUUGUAUAAGACCAUUAAUGUAUGUCAAAAAUUGUAAAUAAAAGAUGUUGAAUCUUGUUUAAAAGCAUAAGCUUUGGAGUUUAGCUUGUCACUUUUCUAUUCAUAAAUCAGUUGCUGUUAUUUGAUGUGUUAUUAAAGUCAAUCC